GCAAUGCCCUCGACAUCGCCGGUGGUGUUUUCGAUUAUGAUUAUCCGCCAAUCAAUGUCGCCCGAGACAUCGAAAAGGCCGCUCGCGAGGAAAACAAAGCAACCAUCGACAACCACCCCCGCCAAGUCACCGACCCGGUCCUAGUAGUCACACUUGCUCAUGCCACAAGGACAACCACACUUCCUCAAACCACGAAGGCAAUAACAACGAUCAGGGGAGACCCCGGUCCAACCUUCUCACUCCCUUAUACCACCAUGCCACCCCCAGACAUCAACGGCGACCCAAUCGAUACUCUCAAUAUUCCUCCCCGGAACGCAGCUGCCCCCGGAAAUUCACUUGACGUUGUCGGCGGCGUAUUCGACUAUCGCGCUGGCAUCCUGGCUCGAGACCCCUGGCACCACAGUGACCCCGUUCAAGGUCACGGUGACUGUUCCGAUGAUUUGAGCCAAGUUGAGAAGAGAGACGCCGAUGCCAGUGGUACCAGUGUGAACAAUGGAUUGAGCGAGGAGACUGACGAGGAGGCAGUGGACCACCAGGCGGUCUUCAAGAAGAGAUCCGCGAGAAACGGCGGGAAUGUGGUUGGGAAUGGCUUCCUCUUAGAACCCAAGGAUGAGAGAGAGGUUGUUGGGGUGGCUUCUAAGGGCAUGUGGGGCAAUGAUUCGGGCAGGAAGAGAGAGCUUGGUACUAUUGGCGGUGGCGGUGGCGGUGGUUCUGAACCAGGUCCCCUUGGAAGUGGGGCUGAGAGUAAGGUCGUGAAGAGAGACAGGGCAGAUCAUUCUGGCCCAGUCACCUCCAAAGCCGAGUUGGAGAAGAAAAGCGGUGACGCGAUCUUUAAGAAGAGAGAGGCUGGGAUCAUAGGGGUCGGCGGUUCCACUGCCCGGCCAGCUCCCGCUUCAGAACGCAAUGGUAAGCGAGGUUUCGAGAUUAGUAACGGAGUCAUGUCAGAGGUUGAGGAGGAAAGUAAGGGCAGCCAGCCAAUUUUCAAGAGAGAUCCGGGAGUUGACACGGGUGGCUUAGUUCCCCCAGCUCUUGAGGAACACGUCACCAGCGACCCGAUCUUUCGUCGCGAUCCAUCUACCAUUGCAAAGACCAACGACAAACGCGACAUUGACAUUGAGGAGAGAGAGCCCAGACUCUGCUGGGGAUGUUAUUGGAACUCGGUCAAGGGCGCUGUUGAAAGUAGGGGUGGCAUAUUGCCUGAGCACAGCGGCUAG